AUGUUCGAUUGGCUAUAUCAGUCUGUUUUUAUGGCGCAUACUGCCACAAAAAAAUCAGUACCAUCUAUAAAACCUGAUUUCAAUUUUUCUCAAGUAAUGGAUAUAUUUCAACUGGAUAAUCUUUACACAAAAUCUUAUCCAUUCAUGACAUGUCCACAAACCAUUGAUCAUUACAGAAAAUCAAAGGUUAUGUUUCUUAUGCGUGGUUUACCCGGUUCUGGAAAAUCUACAUUAGUUGAUAUCUUGAAAAGAAUCUAUUCUCAUUCGUGUCAAGUAUGUUCAGCUGAUCACUUUUUCAUGUCUGAAGAAACAGGUGAAUACAAAUUUGAUCGAUCAAAAAUAUCUGAUGCACAUCAGACAUGUCAGCGAAAUGCAGAAGAUGCAUGCCGCGCCGGUAUUAAUGCAAUUGUGAUCGAUAAUACAAAUAUUCGUAUGGACGAAUGUAAAUUUUAUUUUCAAAAAGCAUCACAAUACGGAUAUAUUGUUGUUAUUGUUGAACCACGAACACAAUGGAAGAAAAAUGCACAAUAUCUAGCGACUCAUAAUAUUCAUCAGGUCCCAUUAGACACAAUACAAGCACGUUUGCAUCAAUAUCGUCCAUUUAUACCCUUCUUUUUUGGUCUCUUUGUUAAUCAUGAACAAUCGACGACAAUUAUUGAACAAGCGUACGACUAUUAUCAUCAAGCACUUCAAACAUUUCCCAUGUUAAAAAAAGAUUUGGAACGAAUUAGUCGAGAAAAAAAUGUUUCUGUGAAUAGUCUGUUAAAUCGUUCGAAUAUGAUUGGUACGCCCAAACUUCUCCAUUGUACUGUAAAAUUUAUUGGAAAACCUACGGAUCAAAGUCGUCGACAGUAUACAGAUUAUGCUGGAAAUGUUCGUGUAUCUCAUCUAUUAGGUAAACUAUGUUCAGCUUAUAUUGUUAGUUUUAUAAUUACUCCACGUACAUUGGGCGCACGUUUAAUAUUUCCUGAACGACAUACAUGGUCAAUAUGGGAUAUGAAUGAUGAUGAAGCAUUUGAUAAAAAUAAUGGAAGUCAAGGUGAUCAAAAAGGAUGUGAAAUGUGUUCAUCAUUGAUGGUAAGAUCAUUUACAGAAGAUGAAGAACAACAAGUUGAUAUUAUUGAUGUAGAAGAAAAUUUUGAAGAACAUGAACGAGGAUUGCAAUCGACAUCCGCAAUUAGUGAUAAACCGUUGUGUCAGCGUUGUUCAAUUCGUUAUGAGCAAGCUCGUUAUCAUCAAUCGACAAUAUUACAUCCUACCUGUGGUUUUAUGUCACGUGCACAUUUUACAGUGGGUGUAGCGCCUGGUUCAUCAGCUGUUCAAACUGGUCAAGAUCUUUUGUCAAUAAUUCAAAAAGAAUCAGAUUUACAAAAGUCAUGUGUAGCAUUGUGUGAUAAUAAAUUGAAUCAGACAGUAAUGAAAUAUAUGGGCAAUGGAGAAUGUGCUGUUUAUCUUAAAGAACCAAUUCUCGUUCAAACAAUAUUUAGUGGGGCAUUUCAUUAG